AUGGGUUGGGACUGGCUGAUUGCUUUCUUGCCAUAUGGAGAAAGGUGGAAAGCGCAGAGGCGUGCUAUCUCCACCUUCAUGAAUCGCAACUUGGCCAAACAGUAUCGUCCUGUACAGCUAGACGAAGCCCGGAAUUUGCUCGGCCGCCUCCUAGUAUCGCCCGAAUUGUUCUACGAUCAUGCUCGACACAUUGUUGGUGCGACGAUCAUGAGGAUUACGUAUGGCAUCAAGGUUGCCCAUGAGAAUGACAAAUAUAUCAAGCAGGCCGAGUUAGCCGUUUCGCAACUCUCCUAUGCUGGCCACCCAACAAGAUUCUAUGCCAAUGUAUUCCACUCGCUCACGCAUGUCCCAGCUUGGUUCCCCGGAGCACAGUUUAAGCGUGAUGCUGCAAUAUGGAAAAUUGACACGACCAAGUUCUGUAACAUGCCGAUCGACGCUGUGAAGGCAAAUAUGGUGUCUGGGAAUGCUCACCUGUCGAUCGCAAGUGCGCUGCUCGAGUCACCUAACGGACACGGAAGUCGUGCGGACACCCAAGCUUUCGCCGGAGAAGUAGCGGGUGCUGUCUACGCUGGUGCGUCAUGGACAACUGCUCUCCUUACGGUGUCAACCGUUCAGUCUUUCUUCCUCGCCAUGGCGAUGUACCCAGAGGCCCAGCAUCGGGCCCAGAAAGAACUCGAUGCUGUCGUGGGCAAAUCCCGGCUUCCAGGCGAGCAUGAUAUAUAUGGAAUGUAUUUGUUCGACGACUUGGAUAAGCUUCCAUAUAUCGCUGCAGUGUGCAAAGAACUUCUUCGCUGGAUACCCGUUGCACCACUUGGCGUGUACCACGCGUCCGUCAAUGAUGACGUGUACAAAGGCUAUUAUAUCCCCAAGGGAACCCUCGUCGUCGGGAAUACUUGGUCCAUCCUUCACGAUCCAACCGUCUAUCCUGAUCCAGAUGCCUUCAAUCCAGAUCGGUUCCUCGUCGACGGUAGACUCAACCCGUCGAUCCGCGACCCCGGAUGUGCAGCAUUCGGAUUUGGGCGCAGAAUAUGUCCCGGAAGAGACUUUCUUGCGGAUUCCCUGGCGAUAAUUGUCGCAUCAGUGCUCGCGAUGUAUAACAUCGAUCCUCCACAGGACGAGUAG